CCGGUUAAAUAUUUGCCUAGUCGUGAAAUUUAAGUUUCUCAAAUUGCUAAAAGGAAGCGAAGCAAAUAGAGCAUUAUCUUUCCUGUCUGUAAAGCGUUUAGUGAAAUGAAUAUUUACAGCUAAACUUCUCUGUCAUUGAUUUUUAAAAGUUAAGAAGUUUCACCUUUUCAGGUAGCAAGAAGUUCGACAAAGUACUUGACACUAUGAUUGCUUAUUGUUCCACUUAAAAAGAGAUCAAAACCUCGCCUUUCGCGUCAGUAGUUCGAACGAGGUCAGAGCUACUUUUUUUGAACCUACCGUUCUUUCCUUUUCCAACAGGUAGUGAAGUUGUGAUUUCAUGUUUUUUUCACUUGUUCCAAUCAGAACGGUUUUGCUUUCAAAAUUUGCGUGAGACAAGAUCACGAGGAUAAAACAGCAUUUCGUUGAAAAGUAUUUGAUGAUGAAGUCAAGCAAAAUCUUAGGGAGUCAAGUAGGGCAACAUAUAGUGUCUGGAUUACUAAAUUACGGAGGUGUGAGACACCUUGGGCAAAUAUCUGUUCGAAACUGCCCUUUCAUUUCUGGAUUGAACCCAUUGUUCUUGAAGAAUUAUGGAUCAUCUGUUCUACAAAUGUAUGUGGAUAAAUGUCCAUUUAUACGGAACUUCGCUACUACGUUUCAGAGCACAGAGCAAACAGAAGAGGUGCCUGCAAACAAAUGCCCCUUUCUUGAACACGUGAAGCCAAUAAUGACAGAAGCCACUGCUGCUGUUGACCGUGACGUCAUUGAUUUAACUGAAAAGAAAAACAUAGGUGAACAAUUUCAAUAUGAAAGCUUUUUCCAGGAACAGAUAGCGAAGAAGAAACGUGAUCAUUCGUAUAGGGUUUUCAAGAAAGUGAAUCGUCUAGCAAACAAUUUUCCAUGCGCCAAUGAGUUCACUCAAGAUGCGAAGGAUAUAAUAGUGUGGUGCAGUAAUGAUUAUCUAGGAAUGAGCAGACACCCUGCUGUAAGAGAAGCGGUGACUGACGCUGUAGAGCAUCAUGGUGCCGGUGCUGGAGGAACGCGAAACAUAUCUGGAAAUUCAACGUUUCAUGAAGAAUUAGAGAGGGAAUUAGCUUCUUUGCAUAAGAAAAAGGCUGCGCUGCUUUUCACUUCAUGCUAUGUAGCGAAUGAUUCGACACUAUAUACUUUAGCACGUAUGAUGCCAGGCUGCCAUAUUUUUUCGGACUCUGGAAAUCAUGCGUCGAUGAUACAAGGUAUUCGAAACAGCGGAGUUCCGAAGCAUAUUUUUAGGCACAAUGAUCCUAAGGACCUGGAGCGGCAACUUAAAUCUGUUGACGUAUCUGUACCGAAAAUUGUUGCUUUUGAAACUGUUCAUUCUAUGACUGGAGCAGUAUGUCCUUUGAAUGAGUUAUGCGAUAUAGCGCAUGAGCAUGGAGCCUUAACGUUUGUUGACGAAGUUCACGCUGUUGGAUUGUAUGGUGAACAUGGAGCUGGUAUAGGAGAAAGAGAUGGAGUGCUGCAUAAAAUGGAUAUAAUAUCAGGCACUCUAGGGAAAGCGUUUGGAAAUAUUGGUGGCUAUAUUGCUAGUACGGAAGCCCUCGUUGAUAUGAUACGAAGUUAUGCCGCAGGAUUUAUUUUCACAACUUCACUGCCAAUAACUGUAUUGAAAGGAGCUCUUGCUUCCAUAAAGGUACUGAAGAGCAAUGAAGGUAGACUUUUGCGACAAAAGCAUCAAGAAAACGUUAGGUAUCUACGAAGAUCUCUACAAGAAGCUGGCAUCCCAGUGGUUCAUUGUCCCAGCCAUAUCAUCCCAGUUCAUGUUGGGGAUCCAUGGUACUCAACAAAACUGAGUAACGAAUUGAUUCAAAGACAUGGUCAUUAUGUUCAGGCGAUCAACUAUCCUACAGUUCCAAAGGGAGAAGAAAAACUUCGCAUUGCGCCCACUCCAUUUCACACUAAAGUACUGAUGGAUCAAUUUACUAAUGAUCUAGUUGACACUUGGAAAUAUGUUGGACUAGAGCUGAAUCACAAUUUCUGUAGCCAAGCUUGUGAAUACUGUAAGAAACCCUUACAUUUCGAACAUCUUGAAUCCCGAGUACUGCCACCAUGCGGCGGUGUUGGAGGCUGCCCACAAAUAGCUGUUCAAUGAAUACAAGACUUACUUGCAAAGUUGUAUCAGAUUCAAAUAAAAUGUGGUUGUCAUUCA